AUGCAUUUAGGAAACACGGGCUUGCCGGUGACACUGUCCACCUUGACCCCAGGGGAUAUCCCAAUUCCUCAGCUCCCACCUGGUUGCUCACAGUCCCCUCUUUCCCCACGUGCACACCCUCAAAGCCCUCGGCUUGUAGAACUUCCUCCCUCAUUCCCUAAAAGCCACCCCUGCAGGCAAGUCCAUCCUUCACACCCCCAUCCUCAGCGUGAACACCAUCCGGAGAGGGCUGGGGGCAGGUGCAUUAAGGGGGGGCUUUUCCGGGGCCGGUUUUCCCCAGCUCCCGCUGGAACUUCCAGCUGGCCACUGGCCGGUAACACUGGACGCCCGCCCGUCCCCCUGCCCCCGCCGCUGCGCAGACCUCAGCGCUCCCGGCGCGGUUCGGUUCCCGGAAACUCCUCGAUUUCCCUGUUGCCGCCGCGUUUGCAAGAAACCGAAACCCAGAUUCCGCCCCUCCGGCGCGGCCCCGCGGAAACCGGCGCUGGGGCUGACCCCCACUGGGUAGCCGGACCCAAGCCUUCCCCUACCCGGCCCCUGCGCCCCGCCCCACCGCCAGGUGCGAGGCCCAGGCGGAGGUGGGAGCCAUCUGAGUGCCUGCGCCCCGAACCCCGGCGGGCAGCGUCAGUCCAGCAGCUCAGCACCACCCGCGCCUCCAACGGGAAAGCCGCGGGUCUAACCCAAGUCUCAGGCUGCAACGGAUGUCAGUGCCCCGGCGAGGGACGCAACGCGGCCUUCCCCUGCGGCAAUUUACAGUCGGGAGCCUUUUCUGUGCAUCCCCUGUGCCCCGGCCAAACCGAGCGGAAGGGGAAGGUGGUGCAGCAGGGAAGAGGGAAGUGCAGAGGUGUUCGCGGAAAGCUCUGCACCCCGAUUGUUGCUAGCUCCAGCUCGCAGGGGGAGAUAAUGGGCACAGAGAAGUUUAGCAACUUGCCUGAGGUCACACAGCCUGCAGCUGCUGACCCGGCUGCAAACCCAUGGCUUGUAGCGGGAGGCUGGGCGGGGAAGGAGGAGGAAGUGCCCUGGUCGCGGGCAGGAAGCCGGCCAGCUUGGACCCGGCUGCUCACCCCGACUCACCCCCCGCCUGGGCGGAGCAGGAAUGUGGAAGUUGGCCCGAAAGGACUGUGCCCCCUCCCCGUCAAACACCCCCCGCCCCCCACCAAGUUCUGGCCGGGGCUGUGGAGCGUGGGUCACCUGGGGGCGAAGGACUUCACAUCACGGUGAAGUGGAGGUGCUGCAGCCCCCACAAAGACCAAGAAGCCUGCCAGGGGAGCCCCGGGCGAACGGCAGUGGGCGUGGGCCGUUCUGCAGCACCCAUUGGCGCGGGGGAGGAGAGUGCUGAUCCCAUCAAUCCCCGCUCCAGGUCGCGGCCGCUGGGCCUGGCCCGGGAGCCUCCCCCGGCCUCCGGGCCCCACGGGACUGACGGGGAGCUGAGUUCUCUUUCCUCCCAACGGCGGUGUUUAUAAGAAAUGAAGCUCCGCAGCGGCCAUCAGCGGCAGCCCACACUGUCACCCCGCCCCGCUCUCAGGGGGUUCCGGAACAGCCCUGAGCACUGGAGCAAUUCCUUGGCUCAGUAUUCCAUCAUGACCCCCUAGUGAUUUUCCAGCCAGCUUCAGCCCCCUAUUUUGCAUUUAGGAAUUUUAUAACAAUACAAUGUUUAUUCUGCUGUGUCAUACAGCAUUUUUUGCCAAACCUUUGGGAGGGGAGGGGCUGGUCUGGUGCCCCAGUGUAUCUCCAGGACCAAACCUGGGGUUCACUGAAAAGCAGGCCUGCGUGCGAUUCAUAUAUGUUGAAUGAAUUAAGGGACUUUCUUUCUCGCCAAUUAGGCUCCUUGCAGGCAGGGUGAUGACCCUUGGAUUCUGCCUUCAAGCUUUUGGAUGCUUUUAUUUCUGGCUUGUGUUCUGCAAUUCACAGUUUAGGACUGCCUGCCUCCCAGGUUUCUGUGAAAAUAGAGAUGAAGGCUUUGAGCAUUUCAGAGAGCCCUACUACUUCUGCACCUGGAAGGCUCAAAGGCAUGCUGGGGGGUGUUUGUCUGCUUUGGGGACUGUGGCCCCCUCUCUGGGUAGCAGGCUCCACAGGUAGUAGGUCUCCCAGUCAAAAACCUAGUUCAGUCCCAGCUACUCGGGAGGCUGAGGCAGGAGAAUGGCGUAAACCCGGGAGGUGGAGCUUGCAGUGAGCUGAGAUCCGGCCACUGCACU